AUGCAUGAGUCUGAUAGAAAUAAUGAAAUUGUUGUUAUUUUCACCAACAUGCAAAAUAACACAGAGGAAGAACUUCUGGACAAAGAAUAUGAAACUUCAGACUGCUCAAUGAAUAUCAGGCACAAUUUUCACUGUAAUAUCUGUGGAAAAGUAUUUAAAUUUCAGGCAUCUUUAUCUCGACAUAAUAACAAAUUCCAUGUGACUAAAUAUCAGUGUUCCACUUGUAACAAAGUCUUUUCAAGACAAGUGUACUUGACAGUUCAUCUUUCAAAUCCUGGGCGAGUGUGUUAUUGGCAGAAACAGGGACCAGCACUUGAACUGCGAAGUGUGGAAGAAGCACACAUAAAGAGUUCUGGCUGUAGCCACUGUGCAAGACAUGAUAAAAUGGAACAAUCUAUUGUGAACUUGGAAGUGCACAAGACAAAUGAUAGGCUUAAAACAAUAUGUAAUAAAUUUCACAAUGUUUCCCUGGUAAAUGUGAGCAAUCUGCACAGAAAAUUCACACUACUCAUGGUAUGCACAUGA